AUGUACAGUUUUAACGGCGAAUUUCGCCAACGGCCUGUUCAGUCGCUCAGGGGGGCUAGCAGAAAUGAAAAGAAAGAAUCCCUGAUUCAAAGAGCUCAGGAGGAAAGACGAAAAAGAGAAGAAAAUCGCUUGCAGAUUGCUAGUGCCACCAAAAUUCAGUCGGUGUUCAGAGGGUACAAGGCCAGGAAAGCAUUGUGGGCCACGGUGAGAGCAGAAUUUGACGGCCGCUUUCAGUCAAAGGGCAGCCAGUCAGUGGUCGACGCUGCCACCCUACAGUGGUGUGUUCCAAAACUCUGUUUAUUUUUCAGAGAGGAUUUAGACAGCCAGAGACUGAUAUCCCUGUGUCAGUGUGUGAUCAAACAAAAAGAUGAUUACCUAAACAGCUUGCAGCCCAAGUCCAUCUACCUCCAGAUGAGCAGCCUCUUAAGUGUGGUUGUGAGGUAUUUAAAUAGUAUAGCUGAUUCAAAUGCACCAAUUGCAAUACCAAUGAGGAUGUUGGAGAUCUUCUUGUCGCCAUCUACCUACAGCAGUGUCCACCCAGGCCAGGGCAUGGACACACACAAGCUGCUCUCUCGCCUGCUGCGGAGCCUUGUCAAUGCUGGUUACUUUAGGUGCCUGCGUAAGUUGUUAAGCAGCCGAGUGCCUCCUAGCCUGGAGGAGUCGGCAGUACCACCCACCCCAGUUGCUGAGUCCAUCUUUGAUCUGAUCAUGAGCCCUGUCAGUUUUGCCGUCUCCAUGUCAGAUAAACUGUUCAGGCAGGAUAUUCUGAGGAAGGUGACCAGUUCAUUUCUGUGUGAGCAGUACUCUGAGCAGAUUGCCCUGUUUCUGCUGCCUGCGAUGGCCUACGGGAAAUACCCCUUCCCGUUUGUGGAGCUCAUUCAGUCCUUGAUCCAAGGGACAACAGUCACGAGUAAACAUUCAUCAACAGACGUAGAAAUGGCAUCAUCAUCAGCAUCUGCAUUGUUUCAUAACAACACUGUAGAUGUUAGCAGUUCUGGGUUUGAGGAUACUCCGUGGCUUCUGGCAUCUGUCUUGACCCUGGCAAACAAAGAAUUAGGAAACUUGAAUGCAUCUACAUGUGCAAUGUACUUGAAACUACUACAACGAUUGUUGCAACAACUGCCAUCUGUUGGGUACUCUCCUCUUGUUUCUGGAGACAUUUCUGACUCUGAGGAGGAAAUGGAAGAAGUUCAUGAGACCGGUUUCAUGAGUCUGAAAAGUGUGCGGCUGGAGUGUCUGCGACUGAUUGACUCUGAAGCACAUCUCAAGUGUAUCUACAACUGCUUGAUGAACCUGCCAGCGUCAGACUACAUUGAGUCGCUCGUCUCCAUAGCCUACUGUUUACUGGUCCAUCAGAAAAUGGCCAUGCACAAAAUCAGGUUGCUGUAUGUGCUGGCUUUCAACCCUCCAUUCAUGAGAAACUUAUGGGAGAUGUGUUGUACAGUGUCUGUGUCAGCUGUCACAGGAUCGAGUACCCCACUUCUGAACAUGCUGGCCAAUGGAGUGCCGAUGUCCAGGGACAACAUUGAGCGAAUUGUUCCAUUGUUGACCACAUUUUGUUGUCUGUUCAACCACUCAUUGCUGACUCUACAUGAUGGUGACUUCUAUGGAGACUCUGAUGUAUCUGGCUCUAGCAUGCCUUUCUCACUGGAUGAAGUGGUGCUCAUGUGCCAGAGCUUGAGGGAUACUUGCCUUGGGAUUAUAGAGCUGGCUCACCCGGACUCUCGUGUUGCUAUCAGUAACGAUUACAGAGAGGCCCUGAAGAAGACGGGAGCUCUGGGCAACACCAGCAGUAGUGAGGACAGCCCAGAACACACCAAACAGUGGGCUUAUUUGUUCAAGGUCACAUCAACAUUAGUCAGACAGCUCCACAGCCGAGACAGUCGCAGACCGUUUUGUCCUCCUGGUCACUGGCUGUCGUCACAUGUCAACAUUAGAACAGACAGGCCAUCACAGAUCUACUCAGCACAGAAUGCUAUUUUCGCCAGGAGAGAUUUUGGGACUCUAAGUGCUCUCACAAAGGCUAAUAUGGACACAGAUUCUCCUCCCCUGGCAAACCGUGAUGUGAGAAAUCUGGUCAUUUUGACGGAACUGCCAUUCGUCGUCUCUUUCUUUGACAGGGUCAAGAUCCUCCAGAAUUUGAUUAUCGUUGACAAACAAGAGCAUCAAGGAGACUUGACCAACUUUGGCAUUGGGCCAUUCAUCUCCAUCAACAUACGCAGAAAUUUCAUUUAUGAAGAUGCUUUUGAGAAACUGUCUCCAGAAAAUGAGCCAAAUUUGAAGAAGAAGAUGAGAGUGAGUCUGCUGAAUGCUGCAGGAUUAGAUGAAGCUGGAAUUGAUGGAGGUGGCAUCUUCCGAGAAUUUCUAUCUGAGCUCCUGAAGACUGGCUUCGAUCCAAAUCGAGGCUUCUUUAAAUACACGGCAGAUCGAACUUUGUACCCGAACCCAGAAGCGGGAUUGAUAGUAGACAACUUUACGUCCCAUUAUUACUUCCUGGGCCGGAUGCUGGGGAAGGCACUCAUGGAGAACUUGUUGGUUGAGAUUCCGUUUGCGUCGUUCUUUCUGUCAAAGAUUCUCAGCCCCAGCAAUGCCAAUUUGGAUAUCCACCAUCUGCAGUCAUUGGAUCCUCUCAUAUAUAAAAACCUGCUUUUCCUGAAGCACUACGAUGGAGACGUCUCAGAUCUUGGGCUGGACUUUACUGUGGUCAACAGUGAGUUUGGAGACACUAAGGUUGAAGAGCUGAAGCCAGGAGGUCGUAACAUACAAGUUACUCAUGCAAACAAAAUUGAAUACAUCCACCUGAUGGCUGACUAUAGGAUAAACAAGCAGAUCCGCCCGCACUGCAACGCAUUUAGACGGGGAAUGAAUGAUGUGAUACAGCUGGAGUGGCUGCAGAUGUUCAACAGCGGAGAGCUGCAAGUCCUCAUCUCUGGGGCCUCUGUCCCUAUUGAUCUUCUGGAUCUGAGGCAGAACACCAAAUAUUCAGGUGAAUACAGUGAUACCCAUCCUGUGAUAGAAACAUUCUGGACAGUGGUCAACGAGUUCACAGACCAACAGAAGCGGCAGCUCCUCAAGUUUGUCACCAGCUGCUCCAGGCCUCCGCUGUUGGGCUUCAAGGAUCUGUUUCCAGCAUUCUGCAUUCACAGCGCAGGGUCAGAGGUUGAUCGCCUGCCGACAGCCAGCACCUGUAUGAACCUACUCAAACUGCCAGCCUUCCAGGAUGCUCACACUAUGAAGUCAAAGCUUCUCUAUGCCAUUGAAUCUGGUGCUGGAUUCGAACUUAGCUGA